CGCACUUUGGUGUAUGAUUUUAUACCGUGCAUCAUUUUACCGUUCCCUCUAACAUGAUAACUAGAGUGGUUCUACCGACUUUAGACCAUUUUCUGAGUUUGCCAUAGCGGGAACACAAGAGUGAAAAAUUAUUAUGCAGGCCCAACGUACAAAUAUUCUAUUGUGGUUCGCCUUCGUUUUGCUUCUGUGCACGAUAGAGCAGGGGCCAACGUACGUGCUUGCGGCAACGGUCAGGCCCGAGGAUCCGCUUUACUAUUUUCGGGGAAGCGCGGGAGGCGUAAGGCCACCGAGACAUAUUCCACAGCUUCCUACCAUACAUGAAGAGGGAGGUCGUCAGGAAGCAACUGGUAGGAGGGCUUUGCAGCGAAGAAAUCAACGUCUCGCUGGAACUGGAAUUCCGCCUAUUACUCCACUUGGUUUUCAAGGAGUUCGUGAUCAUCGAAAUAGAUUAAUGGCUCCUGAACACCGUGCGCCACAAGGAUACGCUGCCUUUAUCGGUGCACUUCAGCGAGGUUUAUUGAAUUUACCUUUCGGUGGAGAGGGUUAAUUGUCUUGGCCACAUUGUCAACGUACACCACAAAAAAGCUCAAAGUAAGUUGAAACGCUGCUAAAGCGCGACGACAAACUGACACAGCUGCUUCGCAUGAGGAGCAACAGGACAUUACAUGGCCUCUAGUGGAGCGCUCAGCAAAGUUGUCGCCAAUCGUGUCCACUCGCACAAAGCUAGAUGUCCUCCUCAAGCUAUCACCAGUCACCUAAGAACAUAACGAGAACACUAUAGAUCGUACACGACAUCACUCAGCAGGCCUGGACUAAGUUUCUCCCGAUCGCUGGCUCUAUUCUCCAACGGUUUCUAGUGUGACUGGAUGAGUACAUCUGCACCUUCAAUGCCAAUCGUCGUUUUUUCAGCACAGCAUGACAACUGCUCGUCGGCUCCACACUAAUUUUGAUAUAAUAAAAUAAGUUGACCA